UGCCAUGCUGUCCGCGCGUGUCUCGGUGAAAGGUGACGGAGAAAGCAGUUUAUUCUCAGAGAAGCGAAAUGUGAGUAGAAAUGCAGAAGCUCAGUGUCUCAGCUGUCUUGCUCCUGCUGUGUGGAACCUUUUUGUUCAGUGCAGCACUGGAGGAGUCUGGACACAAGACCUCUGACUGGACCAAGACUUUAAAAACCAUCACGGACGGAAUCCGGAAAUUACACAAUUACUCCAAAACAUACAAUUUCCCCAAAUAUAAUCUGGGUGUAUUCUCAGGUCAGGAUGGUCAGGAGUGUCUGUUUAAAUGUCCUGAUGGCGGUGAAAAGCCAUUUCCUCGACCUGGUUACAAAUCAUGGCCCAAUGGAUGCCGCUGUCCGGCGUUUGGAUUUUAUUUUGAUAUCGGAAUCUCAUCCAUCACCAGCUGCUGUGACCAACAUGACCGCUGCUACAACACGUGUGGACAGACGAAGAGAGACUGUGAUGAACAGUUCCAGGGUUGUCUCAACAACAUUUGUAGGGAGCUUGUGAACAUGGCGGAUGAGAGCGUACGGGUGUGUGAACAAGCAGUGACUCAACUCUUCAAUACUAUCAAGCACCUGGGCUGUAAACCCUACCUGAAGAGUCAGAGCGAUGCGUGUGUGUGCCGUGAGCAGAGAACCGAGCUGUGAUCAACUGCCCUUAGGCUCCGAGUCUCCUGACCCCUCUGAGGAUCUUUGAAUACUUUUAAUGCUUUUUAUUUUUUUCUGUGUAGUGUUUGUGUGUGUGUUCUGUCAGGGUGAAGAAACGUCUGUGAAACAAAACAUACAGAAAUAUCGUGCGGUUAUUAAACCACCUCUCUCUUUUAGGUUUAAUUCUAAAGGUCAUAAAGUUUACAGAUAUUUUAGGUGUAAAGUGCUUGCUGCUGUUAUGGGUGUCAGGGUUAAAGGGUUUUAUUUUUUAAGAUUAUUUAUUCGUUCAUAUUUAAAAGUGCCAAAUGUUUCAUUUCCAGAAGAUUCUGGAUUUGUGUAGAACUGUGUAAAUACAGUACAGAUUUCCACACUAUGGU